AUGUUCUAUGUCCGGUUGUCUGUGGCUUACACAUCUUCCUACUGCAAAAUAUUAUGCUUGGACGCACUGCUUCAAAAUUCACUCUUCAAUAAAUACUGUAUUUUCGAGAAUUCAUGUUACCAGUAUAUUUGCGGACUUAUUAACAAAUAUCCGACAUCUGAUUGCCCAGAAAUCUGCGAACACACGAUGGCCCACUUCAAGAGAAUUCGUUCCUUACGUCCUGCUGAAGAAAUGGGCAAAUUUUUGGAAAUUUGUUCGCACUCCAGUUGGAGAGCUACUACUCCAAUUCCUAUUCGUAUCCCGCGUGCCCUUCUACGAAGCGAUCACUACAGUUGCUACGGCUUAUGCCGUGCAAUAACGAGUGCAAUAUUUAGCAAACUCUGUUGUGAUCGUCGGCGCAUUUUAGAAAAUUGCGAACUUGUUGCUUUCAAAGAGACGGUUCGUGGAGACUAUUACUUCGAGACAUGCCCAACGAUAUGUGAAGACAUAGCUGAACAUUUCGUCUACUUUGGUGAUAUGGACAGGUCUAGACAUAAUGAGUUUUGUCGAGUAAUUAAAGCGUUACAAACAACAACAACAACGACAUCGACGCCUUCAACAACGACAACAACAACAACAACAACAACAACAACAACAACAACAGAGAUGACCUAUCCAAACGAAGAGUUUCGCAACUGCGAAGAGCUGUGCCAGCACGCAUUUCCUAAAACUCUUAAACCUACGAAGUUUUUCUGUCCGCAAAAAGCAAAAAAUUACAAUCCUUGUACUCUUAGUUCCUGCAAAAAAGUCAUUAGCGGAAUACUGAUGGAAGGUGGCCAUGAUCCCGAAUACGCUUGUCCCAAAAUGUGUUCGUCCAUUGCAGUGGAAAUGCGUGACCGAGACAUGAAUAGACGAAAGUAUCCCGGAAAACUGAUUCGUGGAAUUUGUUCGAGAAUUUCAACAUCAAAAACCACAACCACGUCUUCAACAACAACAGCGAUGACCUAUCCAAGCCAAGAAUUUCACAACUGCGAACAGCUGUGCCAGCACGUAUUUCCUAAAACUCUUAAACCUACAAAGUUUUUCUGUCCGCAAAAAGCAAAAAAUUACAAUCCUUGUACUCUUAGUUCUUGUAAGGAAGUUAAUAGAGGAAUACUGAUGGAAGGUGGCCAAAAUUCCCAAUACGCUUGUCCCAAAAUGUGUUCGUCCAUUGCAGUGGAAAUGCGUGACCGAGACAUGAAUAGACGAAAGUAUCCCGGAAAACUGAUUCGUGGAAUUUGUUCGAGAAUUUCAACAUCAAAAACCACAACCACGUCUUCAACAACAACAGCGAUGACCUAUCCAAGCCAAGAAUUUCACAACUGCGAACAGCUGUGCCAGCACGUAUUUCCUAAAACUCUUAAACCUACAAAGUUUUUCUGUCCGCAAAAAGCAAAAAAUUACAAUCCUUGUACUCUUAGUUCUUGUAAGGAAGUUAAUAGAGGAAUACUGAUGGAAGGUGGCCAAAAUUCCCAAUACGCUUGUCCCAAAAUGUGUUCGUCCAUUGCAGUGGAAAUGCAAUUUCAACAUCAAAAACCACCACCACGUCUUCAACAACAACAACGAAGACCUAUCCAAGCCAAGAGUUUCACAACUGCGAAGAGCGAAGAAGACAAAUUUCUAGACACCAUACUGAGCAUCGUCGAACAUGGAGGGAUCGGGGAUGAUUUGCACAAGGGCGGUCUCGGACCAUCGGCAAAUAAUCCAGUCACGAGGAAGGUCCUACCAACUGCGCUACACCUGCUUCUUCGCUGCGAAGAAAAUCAGUGCUUGGAGGCCAGCGACGCCGAGUUCACCUUCGAUAAGAACUGA